AUGAACAAUCAAUACAUCCGUCGGGAAGUCUUCUGCUGUGAAACUUGUCACGAGCUCAAAAGCUUCUGGGAAAAAGAAAUUAGCAAACAGACUUGUUACCGGGAACUGGAGGAAGAUCGUCAGGGAAGGAGCGCCCUGAAAAAGCUCAGAGAAGAAUGGAAGCAGAGGCUGGAGAAAAGAUUGCAGAUGCUGGACAAUCCUGAUGAGAAGGGAAAGCAGGCAAACACCAUGGGCUGAGAGCUUCCUGCCUCAUGGACUUCAAAGACAACAAGCACCAAGGGCACUUUCGUAGGAGAAAAAACUAACACCCAAGUUAUGUUGACUUACUAAGCAGGACACUCUAUUUGCUGUCCCAUUUGUGAGGGGAUCUACAUGUGAAACCUCCCCCAGUGCUAAUGGGAGUCAUUAGCCAGCUCAGUCCUCUCUGCACAGAGGACAGGAUGACUGCCAGUGGGAUAUGAAGCUCGGGUUAUUUAAUAUAAAAAGCUCUUGGAAUUAGCACUCCCCAGGUUUCAAAGAUCCAUGUAGUGUAGUUUAUUUCCACAUUUUCUUCUCAUUUUGAAGUCUGAAUGUUUUAUCUAAGCUUAGAACAAGGUUAUCUAAGCAACGACCUUGGUGGGAAUCUGGCUUUCCUGGGUCUUCUGGAAAAACAGUCAUACAAUAUUUUCUUCCUGUCCCCCCUUUUUGUGAAUACGGAAAUGCAACUACUUACAGAAAUAAAGCAAUUAUUAUAAAAAAUAAGAAUUUAUUAACAAUAUGGUUUGAAAAUGAACUAAGUUUUUCCCUCUUCAUAUGAAUUAGGUUUUUUUUUCCUGCAAACAUAUUUAAUUAGAAACAUGCAGUGAGAGCAAAAUCAUGCUUAAUAAACUUGGUUAUUGUG